AUGCUUUUGACUUACGAAAUUCUGAAACUGUCCACUGCAGCCUUGGCAGACCCAUUAAAAAAUUACAAAUUUUUGGACGAUACUGAUUUGAAAGACAAAAUUUGCAAAACCAAUUCGCUUGACACGUCUGCUGCUGUUCUGGAACCAUCAUACUUGGUGAUUGGUACUGCUGGUCAGGUUGUGGCAUUGGCUGGGGCUGAUAUUGAGGCUGCUGUUGUGCCUGUGGCGGAAUCUGAUACUGAGGCUGUUGCUGAGGCUGUGGCUGAGGUUGAUACUGAGGCUGUUGUUGUGGUUGGUAUUGUGGUUGCUGUUGCGGUUGUUGCUGGACCACUUGAGUUGGAGCGGCUUGAGAUUGUUGACCUUGAAUGCAAGCAGCAGCGCAAAGGGGCAUGCAAAUUGGAAUACAUUGCAGUUGACCAGAAAUUUGUGCAGGUUGAUUUUGGAAUUCUGGUUGGGGUUGAUACUGCGGCUGUGGUUGCUGUUGCAGCUGAGGCUGCAUUUGAGGCAAUGCUUGUUGCUGUGGCAUUGGUUGCGGCUGUGGCUGAAAUUCAGGUUGUGGUUGGAAUUGUCCUUGCGGCAUUUGGUAGUCGGGUUGAGGCUGGAACUGAGGUUGUGGUUGGAACUCAGGCUGUGGUUGAUACUGCGUUUGUGGGAAUUGUUGUGGCCGUGACUGUAUCUGUUCCUGUUGUUCCACGCAAGAUGACGAACACAGUGGCAUGCAAAUUGAGACGCAUAUUGAUGGGAAAGUGUAAGAAGGAGCUGGCAUUGUUGUUGGUUGGUAUUGAGGUUGAGGGUGAGGCUGGGGCAGUGGUUGGGGUUGUGGUUGAGGAUGUGGUUGCGGUUGUGGUUGUGGUUGUGGCUGUGGUUGCAGCUGUGGUUGAGGUUGUGGUUGAGGUUGUGGUUGAGGUUGGGACGCGACUGCAUGCUGUUCAAUGCAUGAUACGCUGCAAAGAGGCAUACACACGGGGAUACACAUCAGAGCUACUUGCUGUCUUUGCGGCUGUGUCGGUUGUUGCUGAGGACCUUGCGUUACACUGGGGUAUUGGGGUACCAUAG